CGGCGCGGCCUGCGGGAAGUUUUACCUCAGUGGCUGGCUGCGCCGAGCUGAGAGCGGAGCGGGACGCGGUGGCGGCAGGAUGAACGCAACCUCGGACCCCGUGGUCAUCGUCUCGGCGGCGCGGACCGCCAUAGGCUCCUUCAAUGGUGCCUUGUCUACUGUGCCUGUCCAUGAGCUGGGCUCAACGGUCAUCAAAGAAGUCCUGAAUAGGGCCAAGGUGGCUCCAGAAGAGGUGUCCGAGGUUAUUUUUGGACAUGUUUUGGCCGCAGGCUGUGGGCAAAAUCCUACUCGACAAGCCAGUGUGGGUGCAGGGAUCCCCUACUCUGUUCCAGCAUGGAGCUGCCAAAUGAUCUGUGGGUCGGGACUGAAGGCUGUGUGCCUUGGGGCUCAGGCCAUCGCGGUAGGCGACUCCCGUGUCGUCGUCGCAGGAGGCAUGGAAAACAUGAGCAAGGCUCCUCACGUGGCUCACCUGAGAACAGGAGUGAGGAUGGGCGAGCUGUCCCUCGCUGACAGCAUCCUCUGCGAUGGGCUUACAGAUGCAUUUCACGACUAUCAUAUGGGUAUUACGGCUGAAAAUGUAGCCAAAAAAUGGCAAGUGAGCAGAGAGGAGCAGGACAAGAUUGCACUUCUGUCACAGAGCAGAACAGAGUGUGCACAGAAAGCUGGCCAUUUUGACAAAGAGAUCGUGCCAGUUCAGGUGUCUUCUAGAAAAGGUAUUACUGAAGUUAAGACCGAUGAGUUUCCUCGCCAUGGGUGUAACCUCGAGUCCAUGGCCAAGCUGAAGCCUUACUUUCUUACAGAUGGGACAGGAACAGUCACCUCAGCUAACGCAUCAGGAUUGAAUGACGGUGCUGCGGCGGUGGUCCUCAUGAAGAUGGCAGAAGCUCACAGCCGUGCGCUUAAGCCUUUAGCACAAAUAGUUUCCUGGGCACAAGCUGGUGUGGAGCCUUCCAUUAUGGGAAUAGGACCAAUUCCAGCCAUAAAGCAAGCUGUUGCAAAAGCAGGUUGGUCCCUGGACAGUGUUGAUGCAUUUGAAAUCAAUGAAGCUUUUGCAGCCCUCUCUGGAGCAAUAGCUAAAGAACUUGGAUUAAAUCCAGAAAAGCUCAACAUUCAAGGAGGAGCUAUCGCCUUGGGCCACCCUCUUGGAGCUUCUGGCUGUCGAAUUCUUGUUACCCUGUUACACACACUGGAAAGAAUAGGCGGAACACGUGGAGUGGCAGCCCUGUGUGUUGGGGGUGGGAUGGGAAUAGCAAUGUGUGUUCAAAGGGUAUAAAAAGGCCUAACAGUAAUCAUGUUUUUCUUUUGAAAUUAGUAAAAAUUAUGAAACAGGGACCAACAGUGAGGAUAGAAAUCAUUUUCUACUUCACAAGAACCCAGGUUGAGAACUUGCUGUACUUUAAUGUGUUACAUUCAAGGAGUAAGACACCGAAUCUAAUACUGUCAUAAAUAAAAAGGGAAAUCAGUCA